AUGAAUGUGGAGAGAUUUGGAUCAGUUUCUGAAAGAAUCAUUAGAAGAAACAAUUCUGUUCAGGCUAAGCGAAGUGUUUACUUGUCGACAGAUGAUCCGAAUAUUUUUACUCAACUACCCUACAGUUAUCCAAACUACACCGUCUAUGGUAGUCAAGGUAGAUCGCAGUCAGCUAAUUUGAAUAUGCGGAUGUCAGUUAAUUCAAUGAAUAAUGCAAUUAUUGACAUCAUUGCACUUUCAAUGACAGAUUUCCUUGUGUGUACAUUUUCAUCGAAU